AUGGUGCACUGGACAGCCGAAGAGAAGCAGCUCAUCACCGGCCUCUGGGGCAAGGUCAACGUGGCCGACCGCGGUGGCAUCCCCAGGGUCCGUGCCCACGGCAAGAAAGUGCUCACCUCCUUCGGGAACGCCGUCAAGAACCUGGACAACAUCAAGAAAUGUUUUGCUCAGCUGAGCAAACUCCACUGUGACAAACUGCACGUGGACCCCGAGAACUUCAGGCUCCUGGGUGACAUCCUCAUCAUCGUCCUGGCUGGCCACUUCGGCAAGGACUUCACCCCCGCCUGCCAGGCCGCCUGGCAGAAGAUGGUCCGUGUGGUAGCCCACGCGCUGGCCCACGAGUACCACUGA